AUGGAGCCCUGGAAGCAGUGCGGGCAGUGGCUGAUCAGCUGCAAGGUGCUGCCGCCCAACCACCGGGUGACCUGGGACACGGCCCAGGUCUUCGACCUGGCGCAGACGCUGCGUGACGGCGUCUUGCUCUGCCAGCUCCUCAACAACCUGCGUAGCCACUCCAUCAACCUCAAGGAGAUCAACCUGCGCCCGCAGAUGUCCCAGUUUCUUUGCUUGAAGAAUAUAAGGACUUUUCUUUCGGCAUGCUGUGAAAUAUUUGGGAUGAAGAAAAGUGAACUUUUUGAAGCAUUCGAUUUGUUUGAUGUGAGAGAUUUCGGAAAGGUGAUAGAAACCCUUUCGAAACUUUCUCGCACUCCUAUUGCAUUAGGCACAGGAAUAAGGCCUUUCCCUACAGAAGAAAGUGUUGAUGAUGAUGAUGAUGUCUACAAAGCUCUUCCUGAUUUAAUAGAUGAAACUGGCGUUGAUGAAGAUGAGGAGUUGUAUGAUUGUGUCUAUGGAGAAGAUGAAGGUGGGGAGGUUUAUGAAGACCUAAUGAAAGAUGAAGCAGCCCAGCAACCUAAAUACACUGAAAAUGACAUAAGAAGCUGUUGUCUUGCUGAAAUAAAGCAAACUGAAGAGAAAUACACUGAAACUCUGGAGUCAAUAGAGAAAUUUUUCAUGGUGCCAUUGAAAAGGUUUCUGUCAGCAUCAGAGUUUGAUACAGUUUUCAUCAACAUUCCUGAUUUGGUGAAAAUUCACAGGAAUCUGACACAGGACAUCAAUGAUUCCAUUGUUAACAAAAAUGAUCAGAACCUAUAUCAGAUUUUUAUUAACUACAAGGAAAGGUUGGUUAUUUAUGGACAGUACUGCAGUCAGGUGGAGAUAGCAAUAUCGUGUUUAGACAACAUCUCUAAGACAAAAGAAGAUGUUAAAUUGAAAUUAGAGGAAUGUUCCAAGAGGGCCAAUAAUGGGAAGUUUACCUUGCGGGAUCUUUUAGUGGUUCCAAUGCAGAGAGUGCUAAAAUAUCACCUGCUACUCCAGGAGCUGGUAAAGCACACUGCAGAUCCCAUGGAGAAAGCAAAUCUAAAACUGGCACUGGAUGCAAUGAAGGACUUGGCUCAGUAUGUAAAUGAAGUGAAGAGAGAUAAUGAAACGCUGCGUGAAAUUAGACAGUUUCAGCUAUCAAUAGAGAAUUUGAAUCAUUCCCUCUUACAGUAUGGAAGACCUCAAGGUGAUGGGGAAAUAAGGAUAACUACAUUAGACAAACGUGCAAGGCAAGACAGGCAUAUCUUCCUGUUUGAUCUAGCUGUAAUUGUUUGCAAACGGAGAGGUGACAAUUAUGAAAUGAAGGAAAUAAUAGAUCUUCAGAAAUACAAAAUAACAAAUAACCCCACUACUGAUAAAGAAAAUAAGAAGUGGUCUUACGGCUUCUACCUCAUUCAUAUCCAAGGCCAAAAUGGUUUAGAAGUUUAUUGCAAAACUAAAGACUUGAAGAAAAAAUGGCUGGAACAGUUUCAGAUGGCUCUGUCAAACAUACGGCCAGACUAUGCAGAUACAAGCUUUCAUGAGUUCAAAAUGCAUACCUUCAGUCGUGUGACAUCUUGCAAAGUCUGUCAGAUGCUUCUGAGGGGAACAUUUUAUCAAGGGUAUUUAUGUUCCAAGUGUGGAGCUGGAGCACACAAAGAAUGUUUAGGAAGAUUAGACAAUUGUGGCAGAGCUAAUUCAGGUGAACACGGGAACCUGAAACAUGAGAAACGAACAAAUGGAAUUAGAAGAAACUCUAGGCAUGUGGACCCAGGCUUGCCAAAAAUGCAAGUUAUUCAAAACUACAAUGGAAUACCCCAGCCAGCAACACAAGAUGGUCCACCGUUGCAUAUCCAGAUUGGGGACACUAUUGAACUAAUUAGAGGAGAUGCACAUAGCUUAUUUUGGCAGGGCAGAAAUUUAACAACGGGAGAACUUGGAUUCUUCCCAAGUGAUGCAGUAAAGCCUAGUCCCUGUGUUCCUAAACCAGUAGACUACUCUGCACAACUGUGGUUUGCAGGAGCAAUGGAAAGAUUGCAAGCAGAGAGUGAACUUAUCAACAGAGUAAAUAGCACUUACCUAGUGCGGCACAGAACCAAAGAGUCAGGAGAAUAUGCUAUUAGCAUUAAGUACAAUAAUGAAGUGAAACACAUCAAGAUUUUAACAAGAGAUGGCUUUUUCCACAUUGCAGAAAACAGGAAAUUUAAAAACUUAAUGGAACUUGUAGAAUACUAUAAGCACCACUCUCUCAAAGAAGGCUUUCGAAGUUUGGAUACUACUCUUCAGUUUCCGUACAAAGAAUCUGAAAAUUCAGUGGGACAAAGAAGUAACAGAACAGGGGGCAACUCCCAUUCUUUGUUCUGUGGGUUUUCUUUUGUAACUCCUCCAGACUACAGCUUUGUUCCCCCUUCCUCCACUCCUUUCUGGUCAGUGCUAAGCCCGAAGGUGAUAGGCAUUGCCAUAGCCAGGUAUGACUUCUGUGCAAGAGACAUGAGAGAACUGUCCUUACUGAAAGGGGAUGUUGUGAAAAUUUAUACAAAAAUGAGUGCAAAUGGCUGGUGGAGAGGUGAAGUAAAUGGAAGGGUGGGCUGGUUUCCAUCAACUUAUGUUGAAGAGGAUGAAUGA